UUUGAAUCAGAAGGAUGCUCAAACGCAGACCUUCAAGAGAAUGUAAAGUCUUAACAAGCAGAGGCUUCUAAAGCCAAGGAAGAGCUGACCAAUGCCGUGGAAGCUAUGGAGAAGUUGAAAGAGACCUUCAACAAGGAGCGCGCUGACUGAGAAACAUAAAAGGCCAGUUUGAUGAAAAAAGGCCGAGGACGCAGAGGUAGCCCUGAAACCGGUGGUGGAAGAACUGACCGGUUUAAAGCGGCAGAUUGACGCCAUGACUUCUAUUGUGUUUGGGACCUGCAUUGCUCAUCUGGGCUCUGAUAUGCGGCUGAAACUUAAAGCGGCGUACACUUUAAUAGAACAGCUGUUCUCUGGAUCCCAGCGUGCCAUUUUCACUGCCGCCUAUAACAAGCUGGUGCCAUCGUUGAUAAAGGAAACACUUGAGAAGCUGUCCAUGCUACCCGCCCGGAUCACCGAACUGAAGAGAUCAGCCACAAGAUCAGGAGCGCUGAUCGCGCUAAUCCGGGCCAAGGCAUGGAUUCCGGAUCUUGAACUGGCAGAUAUCAUCAAAGGAUAUCAUGGCAUGAAAGAAGACGGCUCAGACUUCAAUAAUGACGUUCUGCGAAGGCUGACAAAGGCGAUGCGGCCAAUAGCAAGCAAACUGGCGGAGGACACAGAUUUAUCUCACUUCCAACCGGUUUACGAUGCUGAGGGAAAGAGACAGCCCACUGUUAUCCAUGAUGUUGAAGAGCUUGUGCCUCCAAUCCGUAAGCAUACUUACGCGAUUGACAUUGACCCCUCCAGCCUUAUCCAUGAAGAGGCCGUGUUUCAAGCUUUAACCGGAAUCGAUUGGUCAACGGUUGAUUUCCAGCGUCUAGAGAGGGAUGAAGAGGAUGUGACUGCACAAGAUGACCCUCAAUCGUCAAGCCGUCCCGAUGAAGAAUCCUAAACCGACGUCCGGUUUAUCAGCUACAGUCUGCCACUGCUUGAAAACAAUUAUUCAAUUUGGGCCGUUUUGAAGCUCCUUGUAAUAGGAUAGCAGAAACACCUUUAUCUGCCAUGCCAUUGAGCAUGCUUAUGUUGCUUGAUAGUUUGAAAAUUUGUUCCACUUUUGGGAUUUAUUUAUGCAUAGUCCAUUAUACUUUGUGUUCC